GGGUUCUUCAUCAAUUUGGUCAACCAGAAACGUGUAGUCCUCGUACGCACUUCGUUAGUUCUAUGUGGAGACGUAAAAGGUUGUCAAAUUCAUCUUGCUUUUUUGCGACGAUUGCGGGCAGGUCGGUACUGUACGCCUAUACAACGCCUUAAUUGCCGACUCUAAACUCUUCAUUUCUACUGAGAUUACCAGAGGGAAAAUGGUGUUUUCUCAGGCUCCGGUGAAAGUUAAACCGUCGCAAAACUUCAAGAAUAUCGUUCUAAUCUGCUCUUCUCUCUGCGUAGUGUACCUGGUUUGUACGUUUGUUCUUGUCCCCAGCACCAAUCUUCUCCACGUGUCGGUUUCUUUGCAGGAUGUGUCGUCCCCUACUUCUCUGGAACACAUUGUUUUCGGCAUUGCGUCCAGCGAGGAAUCGUGGCGGAAGAGGAAGGAGUUUGUGAAGCUAUGGUGGAGGCCUAGUGGAAUGAGGGGAUGCGUGUUUCUUGAUCGUGAUGAGGUAAAGCAUGAGGAUAACGGCACUGAUUCUCUUCCUCCGGUUUGCAUUUCCGGGGACACAUCCAGUUUCCGGUACACUUGCCGGGGUGGCAACCCAUCUGCCAUCCGCCUUGCUCGAGCGGUAUCGGAAGCGGUCUCCCUCAACCAUUCCGACGUCCGGUGGUUCGUGUUCGGGGACGACGACACCGUCUUCUUCCCGGAUAAUCUGGUGAAGACGCUGUCCAAGUAUGAUCACGGGCUCUGGUACUAUAUCGGCACCAGCUCUGAGGACGUGGUGCAGAACAGUUUCUUUUCCUUUGAAAUGGCCUUUGGUGGAGCUGGUUUCGCCAUCAGCUAUCCUCUGGCAAAAGCUCUGGCCAAAGUCUUUGAUUCUUGUCUUCACCGCUACCCUCAUCUGUAUGGAAGCGACGCCAGAGUUCAUGCCUGUUUAUCGGAGCUCGGCGUUUCAUUAACACACGAGCCCGGUUUUCACCAGAUGGAUAUUCGAGGGGAUGUGUUUGGAUUGUUGGCGGCACAUCCGCUCAGACCUCUGGUUUCUCUGCAUCACAUGGAGGUUUACGAUCCGAUCUUCCCCAACAUGACGACGACCAAGGCUCUGGAGCAUUUGUACAAAGCCGCCAGCAUUGAUCCCCACCGGAUUUUGCAGCAAACGGUGUGUUAUGAUCGGUGGUUUUCCUGGACCAUUUCGGUUUCUUGGGGCUAUGCAGUGCAAAUACAUGGAAGCCAUCUGCUUUUGCCAGAUGCACUGCGAGCGCAGGAGAGUUACUCGCCAUGGAGAAAGAACAAGAAGGACGUACCUUAUGGCUUCGAUUCCCGGGGUUAUCACCCUGAUCCUUGCCGCCGGCAGACGGUUUUCUACAUGGAUAGAGUGUCUUCUUCCCACAGAGAUGGAAUCACCAGCGUUUACAGGAAAAUGACAACAGAAAAUUGCACCUUUGACAAGGCUUCUCCCAGAAACCUUGAUGAAAUCAGAGUUUCUACCCAGAAGUUAGACCUCGACAGUAAAGAGUUACUAGCACCGCGGAGGCAUUGUUGCGAUGUGCUGUCUUCUUCAGCAGAUAAAGCUCUGGAAAUCGGAAUUAGAGAGUGCAAAGAAGAAGAACUAGUUUACAUGCAUUAAUCCUAUACUCACCCCUAUCAAUCACCAUAACUAAAGACGAUCAACGAUUGCUCUAUCUGAUUGACUGCGGCAACAAUGCCAGGUAAAAACAAUGUAUUAGCCAAACUACCUUACUUGCUAUGGAUACAUUUUUUCUAGUUAAAGGAAGCUUUGUAAUUAGCAUCAGAAAAAAAAAAAAAAAAAUUCAAACAAAUAAAAUUGUAGCGUGUUUAUAUACUGAAAAGUGUUGGAGUUAUUGCCUCAGUCAAUCAGAUAAGAGUAGAUGGCCUUUGGCCUGCAAGCAAUUAUUGCAUUCAUA